AUGGUCUAUCACGAAGCCUCCCACAGUCAGUAUCACGGCACCAUGCAGGACACAUCGGGACACCAUCCUCUACGCCGUCAUCACUCUGUCCCGAACACCGGCGAGGGCGUCCUUCGUCCCCGUACCCAAGUCAACAGCACCCCGAAAAACCGCAAACGCCCGCGAGACGACAGCUGCUUCACGGAUCCCAUCCCAAGGCGAGCUCAGCGUACGGCCGAGCCAGAACCAGCCUACGUCACUCCCGUUCGGCCCUCGAGUCGCGCUUCGUCGGCAGCGACCGGUGAUGAUCCGACCUCAAGCCUGGAGGUCAAACAACUCAGCUUCGUCAGCGGGAACCUGUGGAGCUUCCAGUGCAGUCCUGGCAGCCCGCACGUCUACGGACGCCUGAACGUGACGUCAAGCAGUGGUCCUAUCUGCCGCAUCUGUCACGAAGGCGAUCAGGCCGGACCCCUGUCGUCUCACUGCGCGUGUUCUGGGACCAUGGGCCUGACACAUGUGCCUUGCCUGGAGCGCUGGCUGUCCACUCGCAACACGGACAUGUGCGAACUGUGUCAGAAACGCUUCCCGACGGUGCAGACUAGGAGGUCGCUGAAAGAGUGGAUCAGUGGACCGGGUCACCAAAAGAGAGCUCUAUUCGGGGACCUUAUGUGCUUCGUUGUGCUAAGUCCCAUCGCAUUUUUCGGCUUGGAAUUGAGCGUUCAGGGCGCUUCGAGCCAGGCGACGACGCGCCACGUCUGGCAAGCGGGCAGUCUGAUCAUGCUCUCGUGCUUGCUGCUAAGCGCGUUCGUGAUCUGGACGUGCACCACCGUGAAGUACCAUUACAGGAACUUCAGGGACUGGCAGAAUGUUAACAUGAAGAUGACACUGGUUUCGCAUGAAGACGCCACCAGACUGAACCUCUCACCUUCUGUCGCGUAAUCGCCAGAGGGCUAAUUUUAUCUUCGAUAUUCCGCCAACC